AUGACAGCAGCAUUUGGAGGAGGAAACAUUUCCAAGUGCCUUGAUGAAAAGCACUUGAGGGCCAAGACCAGGGCGACAAAGAACCAAAGUGAAAGGAGCAGCACAGCCGCCCACCGGGGACCGCGGCUGGCGCUCGUCCUGGAGGAGGCCGGGCCGGUCUACCCGUCUAGGGGCCUCGGUGUCCUCAUCAGUGAACCGAGGGGCGAUGUGCUUGAUGUCCAGCCCUGUGAGUACCGCGUUCCGGUGGAAACUCGGCACGAACGGCGGAAUCUCUGGCGAGUGUCGGGCGGAGGGAAGGGAGACGACGGGCACCGCAGGAGGCGCUGCGGCCGCAGGGCUGCGCGGGGACCUAACACGGGGACCCAGAACGAGCGCCCUGGCUUCCUGGGGAGGGUGACGGGUGCCGAUGUCACAGCUGUGUCUGUGUGUCUACAGAACUCAAAACUGAACCCGGUCAAAGUCCACUUGUCUCGUUUCACUUUUGAGAGGGUUGUCGCUGGUUACAUGGAUGGACAAGUUGCAAUACAAUCAGAUUCCAAAGCCCAGAUUCUAAAAAGUGGAGGCACUACACUUCCUCAGAAUAGCCAAGAAGAAAGCAAGGAAGCAUUAAAGAAUGAAAUUAUAUUUACAGAUUCUGAUGAAUACCUGAUAUCAACAAGAAAAAAGGAGCCAAAAAGAAAAGGAAAAGGCACUGAUUCAGAGAAAGACAAGAUAGGAAUGAAAGACAAGAUAGGAAUGGAAAGUGGGGCCGGAAUACCAAAAAGACAGGAAUCCCAAGUGAAGAUGAGUGACACAGGAAUACCAAGAAGACAGGAAUCCCAAGUAAAGAUGAGUGAGGCCAGAAUACCAAAAAAACAAGAAUCCCAAGUAAAGAUGAGUGGGGCCGGAAUACCACCAGGACAGGAAUCCCAAGUAAAGAAGAAUGAGAUGGGCAUACUGCAAAGACAGGAGUCCCAAGUGAAGAUGAGUGAGACUAGAAUACCAAGAAAACAAGAAUCCCAAGUGAAGAAGAGUGAGGCUGGAAUACCACCAGGACAGGAAUCCCAAGUGAAGAAGAGUGAGGCUGGAAUACCACCAGGACAGGAAUCCCAAGUGAAGAAGAGUGAGGCUGGAAUACCACCAGGACAGGAAUCCCAAGUGAAGAAGAGUGAGAUGGGCGUACUGCAAAGACAGGAGUCCCAAGUGAAGAAGAGUGAGGCUGGAAUACCAAGAAAACAAGAAUCCCAAGUGAAGAAGAGUGAGGCUGGAAUACCAAGAAAACAAGAAUCCCAAGUGAAGAAGAGUGAGGCUGGAAUACCACCAGGACAGGAAUCCCAAGUGAAGAAGAGUGAGAUGGGCGUACUGCAAAGACAGGAGUCCCAAGUGAAGAAGAGUGAGGCUGGAAUACCAAGAAAACAAGAAUCCCAAGUGAAGAAGAGUGAGGCUGGAAUACCAAGAAAACAAGAAUCCCAAGUGAAGAAGAUUGAGGCUGGAAUACCACCAGGACAGGAAUCCCAAGUGAAGAAGAGUGAGGCUGGAAUACCACCAGGACAGGAAUCCCAAGUGAAGAAGAGUGAGGCUGGAAUACCACCAGGACAGGAAUCCCUAGUGAAGAAGAGUGAGAUGGGCGUACUGCAAAGACAGGAAUCCCAAGUGAAGAAGAGUGAGGCUGGAAUACCAAGAAAACAAGAAUCCCAAGUGAAGAAGAGUGAGGCUGGAAUACCACCAGGACAGGAAUCCCAAGUAAAGAAGAGUGAGGCUGGAAUACCACCAGGACAGGAAUCCCAAGCAAAGAAGAGUGAGGUCAGAAUACCAAAAAAACAAGAAUCCCAAGUAAAGAAAAGUGAGACUGAAAUACCAAAAAGACAGGAAUCCCAAGUAAAUAAGAGUGAGAUGGGCACACCACAAGGACAGGAAGCACAAGUGAAGAAGAGUGAGACUAGAAUACCAAGAAAACAAGAAUCCCAAGUAAAGAUGAGUGAGGCUGGAAUAUCAAAAAGACAGGAAUCCCAAGUAAAGAAGAGUGAGAUGGGCAUACUGCAAAGACAGGAGUCCCAAGUGAAGAUGAGUGAGACUAGAAUACCAAGAAAACAAGAAUCCCAAGUGAAGAAGAGUGAGGCUGGAAUACCACCAGGACAGGAAUCCCAAGUGAAGAAGAGUGAGGCUGGAAUACCACCAGGACAGGAAUCCCAAGUGAAGAAGAGUGAGGCUGGAAUACCACCAGGACAGGAAUCCCUAGUGAAGAAGAGUGAGAUGGGCGUACUGCAAAGACAGGAGUCCCAAGUGAAGAAGAGUGAGGCUGGAAUACCAAGAAAACAAGAAUCCCAAGUGAAGAAGAGUGAGGCUGGAAUACCACCAGGACAGGAAUCCCAAGUGAAGAAGAGUGAGAUGGGCGUACUGCAAAGACAGGAGUCCCAAGUGAAGAAGGAGAGUUCUGAGGAUAAAGGAAAGGAGGGCAAAAAAAGGGAGGGAGAUGCAGAGAAAGAUAAAGAUAAAGAAGGAAAAGAUGCUAAAAACAAGAAAGGUGAUAAAGGAAAGAACAAAGUUAAAGAAAAGAAAGGGCCAGAAAUGAAGGGUAAAAAAAGAGAAGGCUCAGUAAAGGGCAAAGACAAGUAAAGGAAGUAUAACAAAAAGGUGGAAGAGCGAGGAUCAAUAAAAGGCCCUACGACAGCUGUUCAUUAUGAUUCCCUUCCUCCAAAUACAAACCAUAUCCCAGCGAUUGCCUAG